CACCAAAUGACACGAAUGCAACCAUCACGUUCCGGUUUCUACAGUGAUUGUGUUUCAUCCUGGUUCAAAUUACUCAUCCUCUCUGCUAGGGGAUGCUGGCAGGCCAAAGAUGAAGCUGUUCACACAGUAGAAACCACGCACACAGGGCGUCAACAAUUAAGUGAACAGAAUCAGAGGUUAAGUGUCAUGAUGUUGCGGGGCUCUCUAACCAUACUCUUGGUGUUUGUGAUAAAACAUACAGGUUCUUCUCAACCAACUAUAACUGAGCCAAGAAUAAGAGAAACUCAGUAUCCGCUUCCUCGAAAAGAAUUCCAACUUCCGUGUGUGGCAGAUGGUGACAGACCAAUAAGGUACACCUGGGUGAGAAAUGAAGUGCAGCUUGAUCCAAAGCUGAACCCUUAUCUUUCGGUUUCGGAAAACGGGACAUUGACCUUUUCAAAGUUCAAUUCACGGGAAAAUGGAAACUACACGUGCAAAGCACUUAACGAUGAUGGAUAUGACAUCUCCCCUGCUGUCACCCUGAUUGAAGCCAGACUAGCCACUCAGUGGGAUGUUCCUGAAACACGGAUGACCAAAUCCUCCGGAGAGCACAUGUCUCUGGACUGCAAGGAUCCGCCCUACAGCGCCCCGCCCCCGACGAUCGUCUGGAGUUUCAGUCGGUCUCAGGAUUCUGCUGGUGGGGACGUGUCCUUGGACAACAGAGUAACGAUGGAUGGCAAAGGGACACUUCACUUUGCUUUCGUAAAAGAAUCUGAUAGCGGGUCCUAUAAGUGCGGCAUCUACAACAGUCGGUUGGCCACGAGAAAGCUUGGCAGUCCUGUGAGGGUCACCGUCGGCGGAAGCGGUGUACCUUCUCAAAUUGAACCCCGGGUCAUCUGGCACAGCAAAGAGACAACUGCCGUGCUCGGUACAGAAGUGAAACUGGAGUGCAUAUUCAGCGGGAAACCUGUUCCUGCCGUGACUUGGACUCGAGACGGCAAAGACAUCACGAUGCUCACCAGCAAAGAUGACAACCCAAAUGGUGGUGUUCUGAGAAUAUCCAGCGUGCAGGAGAACGACGAGGGCAGUUACAAGUGUGCCGGAUCUAAUGCUGCUGGCACCAAACACAUUACCAUCAAGUUAACCAUUGUUUCUGCUCCUCUGUGGGUGAAUGCACCGAACAACCAGGUGGUGUUGGAAGGGGACAAUGUGACGUUCCUGUGCAAGGCAAGGGCUGUAGGUGCCACGUCGGACAUGGUCACGUCCUGGGCCGACGGUGACGCGAAGAUGAUCAUAAGUUCUGACAAAUCUCAAGUAACGUUUCGCGACGUGUCAAUGGGAGACAACGGCUGUGCGCACUGCACCAUCAGCAACAACAUCGACUACAUCGCCAAGACAGCCUGUUUCAAAGUUGUCAAUGAUAGCAGUGAACUGCCGCCGACCACACAAACGACACGUGAGGUAACUACGACACAAAGACUUACGGGAAAAGCUCACUCUCCGGAUUCAGGAUCAGCCUCAAACGGAGCUCUGGUUGCGAUUGUAGUGGUGAUGCUGAUCCUCGGAAUAGUUGCAGCUGUCGGCUUCGUUCUGUGGCGUCGUCGACAACAAAACAGGGUAACUUUCAGAGUGAAAAAGGGUGACAAGGAAACGUUUGAGGAGAAGGCAAAGCGUCGACAGACUCUUUGAAUCUGAUAUCGUUUCGAAAGUCAACAUGUGUUAUUUCAAGCUUGGGGUUAAAUCUCUAACUGAUCAUGAAGUACCCAUAUUUUCUUGACUCCGACACAAUGUCAUAUUGCUGAUCUUACCUUAUUUGUAACAUAUGGAACCAUGUCGACCUGAAGGAAGAGAAAAGGUUUCAAUUUGUCAAUCGUUGAAUUGCACUUCGUGAUGAGAUUGAAUGUACAUAUAGUUAGUUCUCUGUAGAUAUCAUAGCUCGUUGCUUGUAUCCCAUAGAGGGACCACUUACCAGUUCACCCUUGUCAUAUAAGCUUAACUUGAUACAAUCAAUGUUUUACAAGAACACAAAGUUCUAUUGUUGAUGGGCUAUGUUUGUGUACAUAGGUUAAAAAUACAACUAAAGCACAUGUUUAAUGUGUGUUUUUAAAAAAUAAAAAAUGUUUGUAUAUUUUGCUUGUAUGUUAAUUGAUUAAAUUGUAUUACCUUUA